GGGCGAGCGGGCGGUAUACGGGACCGCGCAUACAGCCGAAGCCGAGAGUUGACCCGACCGAGCCAAAAGUCCAACACCACCGCCCUGGCCACACGCCAUCACCACGCCGAUUCAUUUACAACAGCAUCCUUAGCUCUCGCCAUUCGCCUGAUCUUCACAGUCUCGCACGCCUGCAUACACACAUCAACACUUUCAUCAUGCGACCCUGAGUAGAUUUCAUCCACGCACCGACCACUUGAAAUUAGCAGACAGACAGACGCCUUCUCUGCUCUCGCAGCGGGCCGACAUCCUCCACGAUGGUGCUACAAGUCAUGCAGCCAUCUGCCCAAGUCUCGCCAGUCGAUGGCAAGGCAGGUCGAGAUGUGAGCGGUGAAGCAGAGAAGCUGCUGGUGGAGAGUCGCAAGUCGGCAGGCGUCGUUGCCGCCAUCACCGGCUCGAGCGCAUUGAGCAGGCUGGCUGCCAGUGGUCCCACCUUGCUACCCACCCAAAUUGCCGAAUUUGUCACCUCGCUCUCCCUCUUGGCGCGCGUCUCUCUCAAGUCUGCCGCCUUCUUCAUCGAAGUGGUGCUGGAAGGCGCAAAGUACGGCACAGGAUUCGGCCUCGGACUCACUCGUCGAGCUCUCAUCUCGGCCGUCGGCUCUGCUCGUGCUCUUCAUGCUAUAAAAUCCGGCGAGGACUGGAAGCCGGGAGAGCUGACGCACGAUGACCGCGACGGAUUUCUCGCGGUCCUGGACAGGUACACCAGCCUGGGCAUCUACCUCAUCCACUCCAGCUUUACCAUGGCAGAACUCUUUGCCAUGUCCGGAUUCUACCUCGUCGACGCGUCCCUAAAGACUGGCUUGAACGCAGCAAACGAGUCGGUGCGCCUCAUCGACGGCAUCUUUGGCUCCAACGAAACGAGUCGAGCGCUGGCAUCCUUCAUUGGUCUUGUACGUCGCGAGCUGCUCUCAGACGAGGAGUAUGCAGCGGCCACCGGCGGUCACUGGUGGGGUCUGGCAGCACUGACAAAGGCCUUGACGACAUUUGCCGUCGUGCAAAACGCAACGUAUCGCAGAACGGCGCAUACACACCGCAUGCGCGUGCUGUACGAUUGCACGCUGCUAGGAGAGGCAGAGUAUCGCGGCUGGAAAGCUAGCGCCUUGAUCGUUGGCCCAGGCAACUUCAACAAAGCCAAGUCCAGUCCGCACACCACCAAAGCAUUGCCUGCUCCUCCCAGCGCCGAGCCUCUGACCCCACCCACCGAAGGCUUGCUUGCAUCCAUCAAGGGGCGCUUUUCUCGUGAUGUGACACCGAGACCAGAGAUGGCUGCUCGCAGAUUGUCCCGCGCAUCCUUGCUUUCCGGAACUGGCUUUGAGGAGCCCUGCUUUACGGAUGUGACCUCACCGCGUCGCCCAGACUCGCUGCGCUUGUCUCCUCGCCAAGCAGCUAGACAGACCGACUCUGUCACUCACGACUUGCAAUUCCUGGUCGGCGCCGAGUGCGACAGCCAGAGUGAGAGCGAUGACGACACGGUCGCUUCGACCGCAGGGACCGUCUUGGGACGCACCAAGAUGCAGCGGAGCCAGCUACCCCGCGACGUCCAACGCGUCAUUUCGAAUGCGGACGAUGCGGGGCUGCGCAAGGGCGUGGUGCUGGAGCCUGCAUCAGCGUCAAAGGCUCCAGUACGGCAGGUCGUCAGGAGACAAGGACCAAAGGGAGCGCGAGAAGAAAUUUUCGAGAUUACGACAGAGACUGUGGAAGUGGUGGAAACGACCACAACGGUUCAACAAGGCGCUUCCAAGCCUGCUCAGUCUGGGCCUUUCGGAUUCCGCAAAGCGAGCCCUUUCAAGGCUUUGAUGGGUCAGUCUGCGUCUCCUGCGCGUCGACCUCAGGUGACACGAGAUGAUGUCGAGGAUGACUUGCGGGAUUUGACACUGCGCGAGCGCGAGGAGCAACAGAUUGCAGAGGAAGAAGAUUGGACUCAGAUUUUGAGCACGCCUCGUGGAGCUGCUGCCGCUUUCGCCAAUGAGAAUCGCGAUGGGGACGAUGCUCACAAUUCGCAAGUCGUAGAGCUCCUGCACAGUGCGAUGGAUGACGGUCGCAUCCCCACGGAACCGAACGGUGGUCCAGCAGCUUCGAUCGCCGCGCGCUCUCGCUCAGACAUGCUCGAGCAGCCGGAUCAAGCACGUCAGCGACUUCAAGUGACGCUCAAGACAAUGACGCGCAAGCUGACGCAGAGGAAGCGGGUCAUUCGACGUCUUGAUACCGAAUACGAUCAAGAUGAAGGACUAGUCGCAGGUCCAAGCAGCGACACGCCGUCGCAAGCUUCAAGCUCAAAGUCCGGAUCUGCAACCCAACUUGAUCACAUCAAACACAGAGCUGAGCAAGGCAAGUCAGCCAGGACCACAUUUGGCUUGCAAGACGCCUUCACACGGAGCAAGAAAGCAAUGCCAACUCCUGUGCAAAAGGACGAGGCGCCGAAAACGCUCGGUCUUGGACUGCACGUCUCUGGUGAGCAGACAGCUGCUGCGACGAAUCAGAGUCAACCGCGGUCGAGUCAGCGGGACUCGCGCGACUCGAAUGUGCAACUUUCAGCCUCGUCGAACCGCACGAGAAGCGGGCUUCGAGACUCGCGGCAGCAGCCUCAGGCGCCGCCUAGAGGAAAUUCCAAAUUACGCAGUGGCCACUCCCACGCCCUUCAAGACGAUGCGCACAAGAUGCUCCCCGAGCCUCCCGCAUCGAAGCGAAGGUCGCGAGCUCUGUCGAUUACAUCUGUGCAGUCCUUUAGCUCUCGCAUACACACCUCGACGACCUCCAGCACUCCCCGUCAAGGAGAAGAAGAGUAUGGGCCUGGCUCCUCUUAUACCCUCUUCCCAAAGCAGCAUCUGGUGACCAAUCUGCGGCGUUUCAUGCGCCACGCAAGUGCGGCCUACGGUCAGAAUUUCAUGCGAAUCUUUGGGAUUGGCGAAGCAGACGUCAUCUUUGGCGAUACAACGAAGCACCAUUCCAACGUCUACAGCUUUUGCCACCACGUGGGCAUUCCCACAGACCACGUCCUGCUCAGCUCUUACACCGAGGGUGGCGAAGCGCCCUUCCAUAGCCCCGACAUUCCACCCGUAGUCAAUUACGUCAGCAUCGACGACGUCUCGAAAGCCAUCGUUCUCACCUGCAGAGGCACGUUGGGACUCUCUGACAUCUUGACAGAUCUCACGUGCGAGUUUGAAGAUACUUGGGUGGAUGGCGGCAGACCGGAUCACGUCUACAAGGUGCACGCUGGCAUGGCUGCUUCAGCCAGACGCCUCGCCUCCCCUGGCACCACGGUCCACAAAACGCUGCGUCUGGCGCUCGAGAGCAGGCCAGACUAUGGUCUCGUGCUGACAGGGCACUCGCUAGGGGCAGGCGUCACCUCCAUGCUCGCGCUCGAUUGGAGCUCCCCAGCAGACGUUUUUCAACAACGCAUGCUCGCUCGGCCAGAGGAUGCCGCAGACGUCCGUCAUCCUCGCAUCUAUACGCCUUUCGUCACGUCCCUCGAUUCUGGUCUGCCAGCUGGUCGUCCUAUCCACUGCUUUGCAUAUGGUCCACCCGCCAUCAUGACGCCAGAUCUGAGUCGUUACUGCCGAGGUCUGAUCACAUCCGUGGUGCACGCGUUUGAUAUUGUGCCUUGCUUGUCGCUCGGCACUCUGCACGACCUGAAACGCGUUGCUGCGUCGUUGAGUCACGAGCAAGAAUCAGCCAUGGCCCAAGAGGUGCUCGGUCGAGUCGUCGGCCUGUACCAGCGGCGUCGCCGUCUCCAGGGCGAUGUUCCGACGUCGAAUGCACAGGGAGCACCUGCGAUAGACGCUACGCCUCGGCCUACGGACGUGCCUCUCCACGAACGAGAGCAAGAGCUGGAGCUGAAAGAGCUCGCUGCUGGCAGACCGCGCAACAGAGCUGGUGAUCCCGGCUACAAGGACCCUCGUUUGACCGUCGAGCCAGAAGAAGCGACGAGCGCGCCUACCGACAGUACGGACGGAGAUUUGACAGAUUGGCUGUGGUCGCUCAUAAAGACGAUGCGCGCGGACAUGUCUUCCCUCAAGCUCGUUCCUCCGGGCCAGGUGCUUUGCAUCGAAGCUUGGGCCGUUUACGUCACGCCAAAGACGCGCGGCGGAUCCACGUCGAUGCGCGGACCCGAGGCGGCGGAUAAACAGCAGUCCGAGGCGCAUCGAGUCGUCUUGCGACAAUGCGAAGACGUCGAGAAGCGAUUUGCGGAGCCCAUCUUUGCCAGAUCGAUGAUUCGAGAUCACGUCCCCACAUCUUACGAGCUCUGCACGCAGCUGCUCUUUGACAGCGUUAUCUCGCAAGAGGAGAGGGAGGAAACGGACCAUCGCGAGUCAAGAGGAGAGUCUUGA